GUCAAAUAUUAACAAUUGUUUUAAAACAGAAAAAGUAUAUUGGACGGUCUAAAACUGACAUCCAUUAUCUAAAAUAAAAUAAAUUAGAAAGUAGUAGGGCAAGGGAAGAAAAAAGAUAAGUAAAUUGUAGCGAAAAUGCAAUGCAUGCUUCAAAGUGAGAAUUAAUUGACGGUAUAUACGAAAAUGAGAAAAAGCUCACACUUUGUCCUAGUCCAUGGAGCUUCUCAUGGAGCUUGGUGUUGGUACAAAAUCAGAACUGUUUUGGAAUGUAUAGGCCACAAGGUUAGUUGUCCAGAUCUGCGAGGAUCAGGCGCGGAUGCCGGGGAUCCGAACCACAUAAUGAGCUUCCAAGAGUACAAUCAGCCUCUAGACGAUAUCCUUGCAGCUUUGCCCACUGGAGAGAAGAUCAUAUUGGUAGGUCACAGUGCUGGUGGUCUUAGUGUUAUGGAAGCUAUUCGUAAGUACCCUGCAACCAUUCAAGUUGCUGUUUUUGUUGCUGGCAUAAUGCUUAAAAACGGGUUUCAAAAUCACCAAGAUAUGGCUUUCGUAACAGUUAAGGAGCCUAAUCUCUUUGAAUUUGGAUACCACCAUGGACAUGAUCAUCCUCCAACAAGUGCUAUUCUUAAAAAGGAAUUUCAGCGACAAAUCUUAUUUAAUAAUAGUCCUUUAGAGGAUUGCACAUUGGCGGCAAUGAUGUUAAGACCAUUCCCGACUAUAGCCUUAAGAGACAAAAAGAUUUCAGAAGGGAAUGACGUUGAAAAGGUAGCAAGAGUUUAUAUCAAGACCAUGCAUGACAAUAUCUACUCGAAAGAGAUGCAAGAAUAUCUGAUCCAACAAUGGCCACCAGCUGAAGUUUAUGAGAUUGCUACUGAUCAUUCCCCAAUGUUCUCUGCUCAUUUGGAUCUUUUGGCAUUGCUCCUUAAAGUUGCUACCAAUUUAGGGUUAUCUGAUUAAUUAGUUUAUAUAUUAACCAAACCAUGUAAUUAAUAGAACAAAUUUUUUAUAUUAAUGGUUUUGAUUGACA